AUGGCGGCAAUCAAAGAAACCGUCUCCAACCUGAUCAACAAGUUCUCGGGCUCCGCCGAGGAAGCUCCCCCGCGAGCCCUCGGCCGAGGAGUUCCAGCAGCUUCAGAAGAAACCGAGGUGGCCGCCGCUGCCAUCGUCGAGCCCUUGCCCGAAUCCGCUACCGCCUCUAUUCUCGACUCUGACCCCGCCGAUAUUAAGCGCUGGUACGAUGCCGGCCUCAAGCAAGUCGCUGAGAACAAGGUCGCCGUCGUCCUGAUGGCUGGUGGUCAAGGUACCCGUCUGGGUAGCUCCGCCCCCAAGGGUUGCUACGACAUUGGGCUGUUGAGUGAGAAGUCCCUCUUCCAGCUCCAGGCCGAGCGUAUCCUGAAGCUCCAAGAGCUCGCUGUUAAGGCCAAUGGCGGCCAGUCUGCUACUAUCCCCUGGUACGUCAUGACCAGUGGUCCUACCCGCAAGCCCACCGAGGAAUACUUCGCCGAGAAGAAUUACUUCGGUCUGGAAAAGAGCAAUGUCUUCAUUUUCGAGCAAGGUGUGCUCCCCUGUAUCUCCAACGAGGGCAAGAUCAUGCUCGAGAGCAAGGGCAAGGUCGCCGUCGCCCCCGAUGGAAAUGGUGGUAUCUACCAGGCCCUCAUCACCUCCGGUGCACGUGAGGACAUGCGCCGCCGCGGAAUCCAACACAUCCAUCUGCACGGCGUGGACAACUGUCUCGUGAAGGUCGCCGACCCCAUCUUCAUGGGCUUCUCAGCCGAGAAGGACGUCGACAUCGCUACCAAGGUUGUGCGCAAGCGCAACGCCACCGAGUCUGUCGGCCUGAUCGUCCAGAAGAACGGCAAGCCUGAUGUCGUCGAGUACUCCGAGAUCGACAAGGAGACCGCCGAAGCCAAGGACCCCAAGCAACCCGAUGUUCUCAAGUUCCGCGCCGCCAACAUCGUCAACCACUACUACUCUUUCCGCUUCUUCGAGUCUAUUGAGAACUUUGCUCACAAGCUCCCCCACCACGUCGCUCGCAAGAAGAUCGGCUGCGUUAACCCUGAGAAUGGCGAGGCUGUUAAGCCUGAGAAGCCUAAUGGUGUUAAGCUUGAACAAUUCGUCUUCGAUGUCUUCCCGAUGACCCCUCUGGAUAAGUUUGCUAGCAUUGAAGUCCGUCGCGAGGAGGAGUUCUCCCCACUGAAGAAUGCCCGCGGCACGGGCGAGGAUGACCCCGAUACCAGCCGUGACGACAUUAUGAAGCUCGGACAGCGAUGGGUCGAGGCUGCUGGCGGCAUUGUCAUCACCGAGGCUGAGGCGUUCGGUGUCGAGGUGUCUCCUCUGAUCAGCUACAACCUCGAAUUCCUUAAGGGACGGGAGAUCAGGGCCCCGGCUGUGCUGGAGAGGGAGGAGUAA